AUGACCGUCGAUGAGCAUGGAGUGAAGAAGAAGAAGGACAGGACCAACGAGUCCUUCAUUGUUGUCCGGCCACCCCCUUCCAAAACCAACCACCCAUUGAACCUCCAAGUGCAACUCGUUCCACCGAGUAGCCGAGACUUCAGCCGCUCCUCCACUGGUGGUCGCUCACGCGAGGCCUCCGUGGUACCAGAUGAAGACCCCGCGCCGGACAUGCAGCUCACGAGGACAAGCUCGAAUCGCUCCGACGUCUCGAUGUAUUCCUCUUACUCCCAGGCGUCUUUCUCAUCUGUUGCCUCCACUUCCACGACAUCAUCCGGCCGACGGAUGAUCAUCCCACUCUACAACCUCCAAGCACACAGCGUUCUCACAAACGUCAUCCUGGACGCCGGUACAGAUGCGAAAGUUGCCAAGUUCCAACGACGCGGCCUCGAGAUUCUUGGUCUCGCCACCCUAGAGCCGAUUGAGGUAUGGGGUGAGGGCGGGAACCCCACAGUGCUGCCCGGCUUUUCUCCAAACGCCGCGUCCAAUGCUCUUCCCGAUGAGCAUGCCUCACGCCCCAGCGCCGACUUCUCCCAAGGCGUCCAAACGCCUGCCUCUUCGAGGCUGUCGUUCACGUCUGACGACCAUCAUCACAUCGCACCCCCAGCCACCCCCGCCCUUCCUGUUACUCCUGCGACGCCUUCCACGCCCAAGCACACGCCCGGUUCUAGAAAGUUUUUUGGCAAGCUCUUUAAACGGCGUGGUGAUUCGCCAACAAAUUCUCCCGGCCUUCCCCCGUCUCCAUUACCUCCGAUCACCGCCCAGCCCCCCUCACCCAUCCAGUCUGCAACCCCGCUUCCCUCCACCGACCAGCGACCGAAUCGUCGUUCAUCACUAAUGCUCGGCGGAGGAGCCUCUUUGGGCGUAUCCGGUCACUCGUCAGUGCCGUCGGGGUCGGAAGGUGCACCCCCCGUAGGAGACGGUAGCACAUACCUCCUGCCACCGGUUCUUGGCCUCCAGCCCACUCUCAGCUCUCAAACAUACCCCCCUCGUGGGCGGUCGACGAAAUAUGUUUGGGUCGUGCGGAAGUGGCUCAAAGGCACGCCCGACUCGAUCCUCAGCGGCAUGAAGGACAAGUUUGCGCGCACCGGCCCGAACCCCGGCACGGUUGAAGGCAUGGUGGAGGUCCGAUUUGAAUGGAGCCGCGGGAAGCACCGUCGAGGGCACCGGGAGAACACGUUGGAAGAAGGCUCACGUUCCAAACGACACAGCUACGCUGCGUCAUCCGCCGCCCAGUCGACGACUUCCCUUCAUCAAUCUCCGCCGCAGGUCGUGAUUUCAGAUCCUCCCUCGACGCGCAGGAAGAAGCGCGCCUCGAUACACGAAUCACACCCGACACGGGCCUCGAUGGACUCACGCCGGUCCGGCUCUCCCGGGACUGGGGCCGGGGGUUCGGACGAGGACCGGGCUAAGGCCAGCCCACCGACAACGCUGGAGAACGACGGCGACGAGAGCGAUCCAGAGGACUCGGAGACGCCGUGGACGUGCACACUCAUCGUGCGCCGCCUGGGCGGUUCACGCCUCGCGCCUGCGCCCGCGGGCGCAGGCACGAACUCGGCUGGGAAUGUGAAGGUGAAGAUCGCGGGCGUCGUACCUACCCCGCACCACCCGAAGGUCGUCGCGCUCCUCAAGGUGCCGUUCCCGCUGCCGGAUAUAGAGAUCGAGCGGGUGAGCGUGCGCAAGCGGGUGAUCACUCCGGCGGGGGUCGCGCGCCCGGCGACGGUGAACGACGAGCGGCCAGGGUCGUUAACGGGCAAGCAAGUGGGCAGUGGGAUGAAGUUCUUCGGGAGCACGAAAGAGAACGGCGCGAUGGGCCCGCCAGAGGGCCUUGUCCUGACCGCGGAGGAGAUCAAGGACGUCGUGUCGUGCACGGCGAUGUGGCUCGUAGUGCGCGAAGGAUUCGGUGGGGUCGGGAGGGCGAACCGGAAGGGUGAUGGAGGAUGGCGAAUGCGGUGA